UUGGGCACCCUGAACGUGUUCUUUUUGGUUUUGUUUAUCUUAUAGCUUCAAAGCCAUGGUGUGGGUGAAAAGUGAAGUGAUUCUGUCCAUCUACAUCAUCACCUUCCUGAUUGGCCUGCCUGCCAACAUCUUGGCACUCUACGCCUUCAGCGUCAAGAUCCACAAAAAGCCUACUCCCACAGACAUCCUCCUGCUCAACCUGACUGUGUCCGACCUCCUCUUUCUUUUCUUCCUGCCUCUCAAGAUGUACGAGGCGGCCUCCGGCAUGCAGUGGUACCUACCCGAGUUCCUCUGCUCCAUCACUUCCUACACCUUCUUUUCCACUAUCUACACCAGUUCUCUCCUGUUGAUGUCUGUCAGUGUGGUCCGUUACCUGGCGGUUGCUUUCCCCAUCACCUAUCGCAAACUCCACAAACCUUUCUAUUCUGUGGUGGCCAGCACAAUCAUCUGGCUUCUCACCACCGCCCACUGCAGUAUCGUGUUCAUCAUCCAGCACCACCCGGACCUCUCCCAAAGCAACACCACCGUCUGCUACGAGAACUUCACCGAACAACAGCUGGCCAUCCUCCUCCCGGUGCGUCUGGAGUUCUUCGUCAUGCUCUGCUUGGUUCCACUCAUGGUUUGCCUCUUCUGCUACCUCCGCUGUAUCUGGAUCCUGUACAUGUUCCCCAGGAUCAGCCCAGGCCAGAAGAAGAAGGCCAUCGGGAUGGCGUUGGGUACUCUGGCCGUCUUCCUUGUGUGUGUCUUUCCCUACAACUUCUCCCAUGUGCUGGGUUUCUACACAGGCCGCAGCCCCUCGUGGAGGUACUACACCCUACUGCUCAGCGCCUUCAACACCUGCCUGGACCCUAUCAUCUUCUACUUCUCCUCCUCCACCUUCUGCAUCACUAUCAAGAUGUCCAUCUGCAAAAUGCUGGGACUGCGACAGGGUCAGACUGCAAUCCAAAGGGAAAGCACAAUAGCCGAUAUUGGCCAAGAGUAGAAAAUGUAGUCACCUUACUCCAGUAAGUGCCUUUUGGGUAAUUUUGUCAAAAAUAACUAUUCAUUUCACCAAAUGUUUUAAUUCUGUCAUAAAGAGCAAAUGUUCAACUUCAUAAAAAAACAUGUUUUCUCAUCUCAAGAGGUUCAAUUAUGAAUAACUAUACAAAUUCAAAUGAAAGUGACAGGAUUGACUGUAAUAGGGUUAACAACAUCUUAAUCAGCCAUAACUCCCUUUGUGACGGGGAAGGGAAGCAUUCCCCAUUUCUAGUAACUUGUUAAAAACAUUUCUAGCCUAUCUAUCUAUGGGUAACACAGGGUUGAUGGGUUAUGCUUGACACGCUCAGUUUCCCAGCACAAAACACCAGAAAACGGCCUAAAAUAGAAAGAACCAGCUCACCUGCUUUUACACAAUGAUAUGGCUAUAUUACUAGAUGGUACAUUUUUCUUUUGAUUCAAUCAUUUAAAAAGGAAUAGUUUUACCAUAUUAAAACGAGAGUUCAGUUCAUGUUACAGGGUUAGCAUAAACCUGAGGGACAAAUGUAAAUGAAUCAUUAAAUAAGUAAAAAUCUUCAGACAUUACUUUCCUAAAGUAACAAAAUAACUAGGACUUGUAAUUAAGUAGAUAUAUGUCUUUGUAGAAGGUGAACAAACAUGACAUUGGACAUGCCAAAAUGGGGAUUUUCAGAGAAAACAAAUACCUUACUUUAAUGAAAACACACUGCUAUUAGAAUGUGUAAAUAAAAAAAUGUAAAAGGCUUAGCUUAGUUAGAGCAUAGAUGUAUGUAAUCCUAAUGUUAAAUUUAGUGUUUUAUUGAAAUUACCAAAGGCACUCUAUUCGUGGAACGACCCAGCUAUAUAAAGUAUAUUUCAAAAUAAUAUGUAGUUUGUGUUUUAAGAAUUUCUGUGAACUGUACCUUUUUUUGCCAAAGUCAAUCAUAUUUAAAUGUUUAAAUGUUUACAUUCCAUUUACAAAAGUGAGCACUUCAUACAUGAUUCAUUUGUUUCAUCACAGUAGCUUCUGUUACCCUUUUGAAUUGCACACUAUGUGAUAUCUUGGUUGUUAUCCUUUAAAUUAUUAAUUUGUCUGGUUAGAGUAUGUUCUGUGUUACCCAUUUGAAUUGACACAUAAUGCUAAAUAUUUUCUACCUCU